AUGGCUCUACAACAUUUAUUUAUAAUUUUUUUUCUCUUUGGAUUUGCAAAAUCACAAUCUAUUAUACACCCUUUUAAUCAUACUGAUUUACAAGCAGCAAUAAGUGACAUGAGAUCAAAAUCAUAUUAUGGAUUUGCAAUGCUUUUGCAAAUGUUAAAUGGAACAUCACAACCAAUUAGAGAGUUAACUUUUUUAAUGCCAGAUGAUAGAGAAUUAUCUUCCUCAAAUAUUACAGCUGAUGAAAUUGAAGAUUUCUUAUUAAGUCAUUCAAUUCCUUUGCCUUUAUAUUUCAAUGAUUUAUCUCAUUUUCCAACUGGUACUCUUGUUCCUUCAGGAAUCAGCUCAAGAAUGAUUAGGAUUCAUAAUCGCGGUAGAACAGAUUUCUUUGUUAAUAAUGCACAAAUUGUUACUGCUAAUGUUUGUUUGAGUUCUGUCAUCAAAUGUCAUGGAGUUGAUGCAAUAAUUGAAUAUGAUUGA